CCUCACAUGCUCCGUCUCUGAUCCAGAUGAGCCAGCUGGGCACCAGCGCUACUCACUGAACGCGAACGGGGCGUUUCAAAGACGAGGAAACAAUGAUAAUAGAUUGUUUUGAAAUAGCGAUUGCGACUUUAUAGUUAUGAGGUGUUGGCAUCCGCUGGAUGUGUGGGUGGAGGCUACGUGGUAGUUUAUGAGUGAUCGGACCGGUGUGCUGGACGGGUUCAGUCUGAUCUAUACAGGUCUGAAAUGAGAAACAUCACUGGUCUCUUUGGGGCGACCCGACCUCAGUGGGUCUCCUGGCUGCGACUCUUGUUUUUGAUGCUCUUUUGGACCUGUUUAAAAGCACAGCAGUUAAAAAACACUAGAUGGCCGCUGUAUUCCGGCAAGCCGUUGCUGUUGGCCUGGAACGCCCCUACAGAAGACUGUAGACCUCGACAUGACGUCACCUUCCAGUUGGAUCAAUUCCAAAUAGUGGCGUCACCAAACGAGGGCUUCACCAAGCAAAAUCUCACCAUCUUCUAUCAGGACCGUUUGGGUUUGUACCCAUAUUUUGAGCCAGACGGCACUCCAGUCAACGGCGGCCUACCGCAGGUCGCCAGUCUCACGCAACACCAAGAACGGAUGCCGGAAGGGCUCAAGAAGUACAUCAAGGACCCGACAGUGAAAGGUCUUGCUGUGAUCGACUGGGAAGAGUGGCGGCCCCUCUGGAUACGUAACUGGGGCACUAAAGACAUUUACCGCGAUCGUUCGCGACGGUUAGUUGCUGAGAAAAACCCAACUUGGCCUCAAGAUCAGGUGGCCAAAGUGGCCCAGCAAGAUUUCGAGCUUUCUGCACGCAAGUUCAUGUUGGAGACGCUUCGAUCGGCCAAGAGCUUACGGCCCCAUCAGCUUUGGGGUUUCUACCUCUUUCCUGAUUGUUACAAUCACAAUUACAAAAAUAAAAGCUACACGGGACACUGUCCGGACUUGGAGGUGAAAAGGAACAACGAACUGCAGUGGCUGUGGAUGGAGAGUACAGCUCUAUAUCCUUCCAUAUACAUGGCAAAAGUGCUGAAGGACCAACUGGCUGGACGCCAGUUCGUACGGAACCGGGUCAAGGAGGGCAUGAGGUUGGCGUCUGUUGGUAACGGGUCAGCCAGGCCUGUGUUUAUCUACACGCGUCCCACUUACCAAAACAAUCCUCCAAAUUCUAACGGCAACCCUCCUGAACUCCUGCUGCUGACAGAGACGGAUCUGGUGUCGACCAUCGGCGAGAGCGUGGCGUUGGGUGUAGCGGGCGUCAUCCUCUGGGGCGACUCCAACUACGCCAGCAGUCAUACGGCUUGUUCCAGUCUUAACGAAUACCUGCGAGGGCCGUUGGGUCGCUACCUACUUAACGUGACGUCGGCCGCCGAGCAGUGCAGCAGAAACCUCUGCGGAUUUCGCGGCCGCUGCCUUCGCAAACGUCCCGACACGGACACGUACCUGCAUCUCAGCCCGAACACCCACAGCAUAGAGCGGCAGGGAAACACGCUGAAGGUCUCGGGCCAGAUGGGAGAAGAAGAGCUGAGCCGCGUGCACGACGAGUUUCAGUGUCAGUGCUAUAACGGCUACGUCGGCGACGACUGCAGCCAGAGGAAUGCUGGGAAUAGAGCCGCCCUCGUCUGGACCACGGUUUUGCAGGUUUUGCUGUUGCCGCUGCUCUUGAUGGGGUUCCUGCACUGAGGAGUUCGGUGGAAGCGGUUUGAGGUCGAUACGCCAGACUUUCUCAUCAAGAGAUGCGCAACGUCAACGGCAGGAAGGCCUUUUGUUCGCUAGAAUUUGAACAGAAAUGGAGAAUUUGAAUGCGCGCGCUAACUCUGUGAGCUGUAUGUACAGCACAGCGGUGGCUCAGUGUGUUUUUGGGUCGAGUGCAUCGCCCCCUGCUGCAUGGGAGGAAGAACUGCGCCAGGUGGAAUUGCGAUUUUUGGCUAGGUUUGAGUAUGUGCGAUUGAAAUUUUGUCUUGUCUGUGUGCAUUUUUUAUAAAAAGUAAUUGAUGUGGUGGUUUCCGCUGUCAUUCGAGGCCUUUUUUAUUUCUUUGCUGCCUUUAUACCUGCGUAAAACCAGUUGUGACCUUAUUUCUGCUGUGUGCCACAUGGCCAGCUCCUUAAAGGGACACGUUUUGUUACUUGCAACGCUGCUGCCUCAUUAAAGCCUCACUUAGAUUGAAACCUGUCUUCUGUAUCACAUUUCACUCUAAAAUUAAAAGAAAUUAGAGAAAUUAU